UUGUAUCAUCUAUGGCGUUUACUACAAUCUUGGAGAUGCAACCUUCUUAGCUAUAUUCUUGAAGCUAAUAUGUUCAACAAUUGGAGGUACAGGUGGCCACAUUUAUAAUUUACAGAAUCUUACUAAAUGAGAAAGGGCUCAACUACUUGCUCUCUAUGCCGGAGCGAUAUCUCGUGGUAACCCAUUGUUUGGAAAACAUGGUUGAAAUACUUGAUGUAGAAGAUGAAGAAUAUUUGCCACACUUGCUGAAAAACAUCAUUUGCUGUUAUCUCAGGAUCUCAGAAAAUGAAAAGAUACGAGCAGACUUGUCAGGCUACAUUCCAUGGUUGUUGGUAGAUUACAAAUAUGUUAAUAUCAUUCGUGGUGAUCCAGAAGCCUUAUGUAACCUACGGAGAUUGAUUUGGCUUUUUGGAAGUGGCACAGGCAUACAAGAGAAUCUCCCGGUGAGCCACCUGGAUUGGUCAUCAGAUGACGAAGAAUGCAAUCUGUUACGAACAGAAAUCGAGAAGCCAAAAAUGGCAAAGAAAGAAGGAAGGAAAAGAGAAAUUCCAGAGAGGAGAGGACGAGUUUGAGAAGAAGGAAGAAGAAUAGAUAGAAAAGAGAGAGAAAAGGAGAACAAUUCCUCAACAAUUUUCAUUAACCAUUCAAUGACAUUAGCCAAAAUAGAACAGCAUAUAUAAGGGAAGAUAACAGCAAAAAGAAAAUAAAAAGUAAAAGAAAAUUGUUGGAUGAAA